GGCGAAGCUAUUGGGGUUAACUCAAUGAAAGUCACCGCAGGAAUUAGUUUUGCCAUACCCAUUGACUAUGUUAAACUAUUUCUUAAAAAAGCUGCAGAACGACGCAAACAAGGUGUCAGCAGGAUGGAUUAUCCUGCCAAACGCUAUAUGGGCAUAACAAUGCUGACACUAACACCCGACAUACUCUUCGAACUAAAAAAUCGGACGCAAAAUGUACCCAGCGACCUGCAACAUGGCGUGCUUGUGUGGAAAGUAAUCAUUGGCUCGCCGGCGCAUACUGGCGGUCUCUACCCUGGUGAUAUUGUUACGAAAAUCAAUGAUAAAGACAUCAAGAAUUCCUCAGAUGUUUAUGAAGCUCUAGCUGAUAAAACAAAAUCGCUCGAUAUAACCAUUUUCCGUGGUAUGAAGAAAAUGACCGUAAAGAUUGUGCCUGAAGAUCCUUAAGAACGGUUUAGUAUAAGACACUGUUGCACUUUACCGCAAAAGAAUUUUGCAAUGUUCUGGUAUGAAAAAACCUUCAAAGUUUAGCCGCACUGCCUACAGAAAGCCAGCUGCUAAAAAGCCGCCGUAAGAAUUAGUUGAUAUUACAUAUACAAAAAAUUUAAUUUAAGGAAGCAUCAUUUUCAUGUAAGAAAACAGCCAAACUUAAUAAAAAAGUUUGAAGUUAAUUAAAAAAAGAUAAAGAAAGUUAAUCGUUAACAUUAAUCAAUUAAACUAAUACAACAAUUUAAUGGUUAUAAAGUAAAAGUAAUUGAAUAUGCAAGUACAAAUACAAAAAAUACUAACCACAUACAAAAUUAUAAAUCACAAAGUCAAACGCCGCAUGCAGCUCUCUACUUUUAACUCAAGCAAAACCACAUUCAACAUUUCCAAAAUAUUUUAAUUUACUACUUUUGCAUAACCUGGUGACACCAAUUUUGCAAAACACCUUUUAUGAUUUAUUUCUUCCACUACACCCAUGGUGCAAUCGGUAAGUGCUGCAUGCAAUUUUCGUUAUCUUA